CGUGGAGAGCAAUUUCAAACGGCUGGAGCUUGAUGUAAGUACAAAUUUUUGGAAAACUUCCCUGUUGAUUUUUGGAAAACCUGUUUUGUAAAAAAAAAAUUAAAUCAAAAUUUUAAAAAAUCAAAAUUAACAAAAAUCACAUGUAUAGGAGGAGGGAGAGAGGGUGUAUUCCUACGGACCUAAAUCGAUAUACUAGGGAUUCGCGGCGAUGGUCUGGACUAAAUUGCGUCCGCCUGUUAUGUUUGUAUUUAUAACUGUCAAGAUCCGCGGAUACAGAGGGGAGACCGAGGAUCUGGACACUUCCCCCUUCCCCCUCGACGUAGACAGACAGACAGGUCACAGGACAAAAAGUCACGAAAUCGACUUACAGGUCAUUAGUGCAACCUGAGAUAAAUCAAUGGCGACUGACGUGGAGUGCGAAGGAAAUGAAAAAGCAAAAAUUUUACAGGAUUCCAUCUGCAAAGAAGAGGAGAAAAAGGAAAAAGAAAAAGCAGCUGUUCUUUCAGUGGAGGAAUAUAAAAGACUACAUAACAUUGGUUCCCGGCUGUCAACGGAGAGCAUAAUCACUUAUAAGGAAUCGUCAUUCCUUCAGUCAUCACAUUCGGACUCUCUGCUUCACAGUGUGACUUCCAGCAGAUCUCCAGACAAGAUCAAUGACUUGGCUUUUGCCCUGAAUACAGAUGAUUGGCCAUCGGAUUGUAUUAAGUCGGGCAGCUCACCAGAUAAGCACAGAGAGUCUAAAUCACACAAAAUAACCGAAAACAUUAAUGUAAAAUACGAAAAUGAUACAACAUCUCCAAGUAAAGAAAUUAAUAGACAGAAACUAAACUGGAAAAAUAGUGGAGAUGAAAAUGGUGAAGGGAAGUCUACAAAUAAGAAGAAAAGUUCAAGCAAAACAAGUAAUAGGUCUUCAAGUUCUGAAGUUAAAAAACAACAAAAAUCCAAGAAAUCUGAAUCGGUACCAAUGCCUGGACGAAGAGUGCGACGCGAGGCCAGUCUAAACGCCAUGGCCAUGGUGAACAUUUUGUUUGAAAAAGAACCACCAGUACCAAAGUCUCCGAAAAAACGCAGGUCCUCCUCUCAAGCGGAUCUGCCCACUGAAGAAAAAGAUGCCCCAAAAUCACCCACGAAAAAGACGAAAAGCGUGGAAAAGAAAUCCGAAGCAAAAACCCAAACAAAAAAGGUGUCAGUUAUAAAAUCGCCCAAGGAUAAGAAAGAAAGGGACAGUAAAAUGAUUCUGAAGGCAAAUUCUUCAAUUUCGAAGAAAAAAAUGCUCAAAUUUAAUUCAAAUAAAAAACUUGAGAAGGUUAAGAAAGUUACAGAAUCUAAAUGUGAUACUGAAGAUAAUUCUCCUGAUCCUAGUAAGCCAAAAAAGAAGAGAAAAGAUACAAGAAAAGCAGCAAGAACGCACGAGAUUGUGAUCCCCAAACGAAAACGUUGUUGCUCAGGAUCUAUGUGUGCCACAUGUUUUCAGCCAUUGUCAUGCCAGCACCAAAGUGCCAUCUACUGGAACAACCAAGAACUACCCCACAGUGAGAAUAUACCCCGGACAAAUAGCAGCUCGGACCCGGACGACAUCAAACCCUGCAUGAACAUGGACAUGACAACUUCUGGUUAUUCAUUGUCUCGAUUGCAGCAUAUAGAUAAUGCUUCUUACGUGAAUACUAUGGUGCAGCACCCCGCCAUGUCCUCACAUCGAUGUCCCCAGUGUGCCCAGGCUGCGGGGUUGUUGUCGGGUUGUCAGACAUAUGCCCUUGGCGGGGUGGGUAGUUUGAGUUCUGUGAACUUAUCCGCUGUGAUGCCUUACCCACCAGCUUAUGGAGGAUCCUACACACUGCCCUACCCCGGGACGUCAACACUACCACACUGCACUUGUCCACAGUGUUUGUAUUAUUCCCAGUCUGGUACAAACAUUUCCCAUCAGCCACUGCCUUCAAGGGAUCAUUGCAUCUUAUCACAUCCGCCAAUAAGUGUUCAACAUAUUGAAGACAAACAUAUCGAGGACUCAGACACCAAGGUUGCUGAGGAGAUUAUUGAUGUGGGAAUUGAGGAAUUUCCUGUGGUGCAGCAGAAUGCUUUCACAAAAUCAAACAGUGCAGAAAAGGUCAGAAAAAAGAAUUCAGAUUCGAAAGUCAUCAAAAUUAAAUCAAAGUCAUCUUCAAGUGAAAAAAGUACAGUUAAACCUCCACGAAAAGAGAAAGGGGAAGUGCAGAAAAAAUCUGUGACGGAACCAAAAGCCAAGAUGUCUCCCAUUAAAGUCCCAAAGGAGAGAAAGAAGAGCACCUCAUCAAAAAAGGAAGCAAAAUUACAAAGGACAAUAUGUCUUCAUGGCUGGAGACUGCAUGGGCCAAUGGAGAACAAAAAAGUAUACAGUUAUUCCAUCGGUAUCUCGUUUGAAGCUCAGUGUUACCAAGCGAUACAGCACUCGGACGGCGAUAUCAUUCAGGUUAGGGACUGUGUGAUGCUGAGGUCAGGUCCAAAGACCACAGAUAUUCCUUUUGUUGCCAAAGUCACUCAAUUCUGGAAGCACCCACAAGAUGGAGAUGUUAUGAUGAGCCUGCUGUGGUAUUAUCACCCAGAACACACUGAGGGGGGCAGGAAAAGUCAGCAUGCCUCGUGUGAGCUGUUUGCCUCCAAACAUAGGGAUGAGAACUGUGUGGCUUGUAUAGAUGACAAGGGCUACGUUCUCACAUACAACGAGUAUUGCAGGUUUCACGCGGAACGUCUACGCAAAGAAACACAUCAGCUGCCUCGGUCUAAAGUGGUGCCCCCCUCAGAUUACCCCCGCUCUAGUCGACUUCCUCCGGACGACGUGGACAUCAGUACAGUGUUUAUCUGUCGUCAGGUUUACGACUUCAAAUUGAAACGUAUUUUGAAAAAUCCAUCCUAGCACAUUGCCACAGCAGGGACUGUUUUGGUUUUGUCUGGUUGAAUUCAGUUUUUAAUUACUUAAACAGCAUUUACAUUGUUAAUUGGUUAUGUAGUGAAAUUCAUAUCAUACAUAUCUAAAUUUUCUACAGGACAGUUUUUGUUCCUGUAUUAUUUUAACCUUCAUUCAGAAUGUAAAAUGACAAGAAAUUGUCUUUUAAUGUGUCGAGAUGAAAAUGACAUGAAAAUUCACUGUAUACAAAAUGAUAGGUGUUUAACCUCACUACAAAUAGAAAUUGUAAGGUUAUAUUAAAUAGAUUUAAUUGUUAGAAUUUUUUAAGAAUUCAAACUGACUGAUGAGGGUGCAGGAAUAUGAUAAAGUAUCAGAAAUUUUUGAAUUUUAAGGAAAUUGUAGGACAGUAAAACACGGUUAUAAUGAACCUCCAGGACUAGCAAAAAACAGUUCAUUAUAUCCAAACUUCGUUAUAUCCAGUAAAAUUGUCAUUACUUUCCUCUCACAGGGGAAUAAAUGUCCCCUUGCAAUAACUGUGAAUUCGUUAUAUGUUUAUACUUGCUUAUAUUGAUACAAACAUUACUCAGUGUAAAUGAUCUAGUCCAUGUUAACAUAUACAUGUGGUUCAAACUCAUUGUUUAUUAAUCAAUAAUGGUUGGAUUAUUAAUAUGUAAUGCUGAUUCUAACUCAGAAUGAGAGGUGUGGCUCUAUAACUGAAUUGAGUUUUUUUUUUUUGUUAUCUUGUAUAUCUGUGAUUUAGUUAGAAUGCAGCAGGAGAAAGAAACGGUUUAAUACUGUGAGGUGCAGAUCCUAUAAUUUAUAUUUAAUAAAAAGACAAAUAUAUGUGUACAAACUAACCGUGUAAGGUUUGCAGUGAAUAUCGGAAUUAUACACUGUGGGCUGAAAAUUCAGGUGUUUAUUAAUCAUGUGGAACAAAUCAAGAAGAAGGUAGAAAUAAAUUUUAUUGGAGAAUGUUUUUACAUUUAUUUUGACAAAUAUGAACCGUUUUGUUUCUGAGGUCUAAUAUAUGUUAUGUUUUUCUUUUUAUCUGUCCUUAGUAUUAACCUUGUCUGUAACUUUUGAAUUAUUCGAGAAGAGGACUUCGUAUUCGUCGAAUGAUUUUUGUAACUGAUAAACUAUUGUAUUUAGUUAUGCUCUGGGAGCAUGGUGGUCUUCUUUUGUUUUAGAUCUUAUGUUUUGGAUUCCAUUUUUAAGAACAUAAAUUAUAGUUAUGUACAGAUAUUUUUAGGUUUUUUUAUAUCAUGUCUGUAGGUGAAUAAUACUUGAAUAUAAUAUAUAUAUAUUUGUUUGAUUAAAGCUAAUGAAAUAAGAAUGAAAAUUUUAUUGAUACAUAGUAUAAUCGUGUCAUUUUAAUUUGUUUUCCUUUUUAAAUGACAUGCAUGGAUAUGUUAUAUGUCUGUGGUGUGCCUUAAUAGGAGAGAUUGAGAUGAAUUUUAAUUUUUACUGGCAUUCCUUCUAGUCUGUGUCCUGUGUUAAUCUGUGAAUGUAUGCAGUGUGAAAUCUUACGCUAUUCCCUGUCAGGUUUCUUGUUACGAUGAGCUUAUGUGAUUGAAGUAUCCCACGAGAGGCUGAUGUUAUGUUGUAUGAGAAUAUAUAUUGUUAUUUGUUCUACUAUAUAGUUGUCUGUCUUUCAAAACAGUGUGAUGAUGCGGUACUAAAAUGGGUGUGUCUUGUAUGAGAAACAACAAAAUGGCUACUUCCUGCACUGUUGAUUCUGUUGAAGGACUUUACUAGAUGUAUAUUAUGUGUAUAAAGACGUGUCAUUGUCCAAUUAUAUGUAAUGAAUUAUUUCAUGUGCUUACUGUAAACCAGCUUUUAUUUGCGGCAACUUUAUUUUGCUAUUCACCUGUGGUAAACUGGUUCACGGCAGGUAAUUUUUCGUGAUCAAGCUUUUUUUUUAGCCUAUGACAGACACUGAAGGAUUGGUUCACGAUGAGAAGAAAUAUCCACGACGAUGAGGUUCUCGCAAAUCUCGUGAAAUUUUCUAACAUGUGAAUAAAAGUUGGUUUACAGUAUUAGAAUACAGUCAAGUAUUGUAAUAUCCUAUAAGAUAUGCGUACAUCAGAUUUUGAAUAUUUCAGGUGCAAUAUCUAAUUUAAAAGUACAUGUUGACACUUCUGUGAAUUUACCUGUUUACGAAGAUUGAAUCGGAGUGUUGUUUAUUUCAUGUAGAAAUACAUUCGUAAAUGAAGUGAGCAUGUAUUUGCUGAUCUUUUUACCACAAUUUUUUUUAUACGCCCACAUAAAAAUGCAGGCGUAUUAUGCUAUACCGCUGUCGUCCGUCUGUCCCUUUAACUUUGUCUUCGCAAUUCCUCCUAAACCCUUUGGGGGAUUUUAAUGAAACUUGGUACAAAGAAAGAUCACAAUGUGGAGAUCUGGAUAUUACAAGGGGAAUGCUGCACCACUAUUUUUGAAGGAGUUAGGGCCCUUGGACUUAGAUUUAUUUUAUGCAAGUACUUUGUCUUCGCAACUCCUAAACCCUUGGGGAAUUUUAAUGAAUUUGGUACAAAGAAAGAUCACAAUGUGUAGAUGUGCAUAUUACAAGGGGAAUGCUGUCCCACUAUUUUUGAAGGAGUUACAGCCCUUGGACUUAGAUUUGUUUAAUGCAAAAUACAUUGUUAUUGCAAAUCUGACGAAAUCCUUUUGUGGAUAAUCCUUUCUUACUUGUUCAAUUCCUGGGUCAAUAAUGUAUGCGGGCGUAUCAUGUACUGGUUUAGCGGUGCCCUUUUUUUACUUUACAAGCAGUUGAAUUAUUUGAAGAAGUUCAUACAGGUGAUUGUUUGAGAGGUGAUCGUGUAAAACUGAAAUACAUUGUGCAUCACAGUGUAGAUUUAUUUUUAAAACAAGUACCUGUGUAUUGGAAUCGGAGGAUUUGCAAAUUAAUUCUAAAUAAUCACAGAAUUACAUUUGUUAUACAUGGCUGUGGUGAUAUGUAUGUGUUAUGGAGUCUGUUGUUUUGUUAAAACGUACUUGUUUUAUUCAUCAGCAAAUCUUGCUCAGUAUUUUUCAUCUAUUAAGAGAAUGAUCUUCUUUCUCAGUGUACUUGUACUCACCUUAGUGAUGACUUCUGUGUACCAAUGUCAGCUUAUAAUUGUGAUCAAGUGUCAAUCUAAAGCUGGGGUAGAAAUCAUGUCCUUGUUGGGGAAAAUUCUUUUAUAAUAAAUAUUCAAAAACCAGAA